CCACAGUGUCGAAGCAAAUUUAUUCAAGUCGAGAAAACUCCCCCAGGCUCCAGCUUCCAAGGUGGACUCCGAACGCAUGGGGUAGACUGACAGCCUGAAUGGUUGCGUGAGCCGUCUCCAAUCAUCAUCGCAAACAGAGCGGCAUCUGCGGAUCCUAAAGAAGGUUGAGUUGAAUAGAAGCUAUUAAUAAACCAAUCGAACGGGCAGUAUAGGCAAUCGAUUGCAAGGUUGACUUUCAUAUUCGUGCAUAUGUAUGCUUCGCCGCUUCAUUCCUCGGCAAAGAACCAAGAACGCACACUGGACACGAUUAUCUCCCGGGACCUGGGUUUUGCUGUCUCUCACCUCGAUGCUGACUCCCGCCUUCGAAGAUGCUUGGUAGACUACAGCGCUGUAGCAUUAUGGCUACAUAGAUCUCUGCUAACCCACCGAGACUCCGGCUUCUCUAUCUCAUUCACUCGCUUCGCAUCUGCAUGGGCAAGCUGCUAGCAUCAUGACUUAUAACGACAUUGAUAUUCCGUUACCUGCAUUCAUAGCAAUCGACUGGACUGGCAUGAGUAUUGCUCUUGUUCCGAUAAUUCUUCGUUUCUGGUUACGACAUAGAGAAUCAAAGCCGCGAACAGUAACGCUCAACCUUUCUGACGGCCUCGUGCUGCUCUCGUGGCUCUCUGGCAUGGUGUUAAUUGGCAUCAACACUUGGAAGAACAACCUCCGGCAACAGUAUGUCCAUCUUCCGCCGGAUGAGCUCUACUACGGCGUUCCGAGAGAGCUAUCGGCCCACCUCCUCUACGUCUCCUGGAUCUCCCUAUUCUUCAUCUACAUCUCCCUGUGGGCCGCCAAGUUUUCCCUCCUCGCAUUCUUCGCCGAUCUUCUACGUCUAACAGAGAAUCGGGCCGCCCGCAUCAUGCUUAUCUGCGCAAGCGUCUUUGCCAGCUGCACAUUCGUGCUGCACAUGGUGUUAUUAUCAGCGUGGUGUUCGCCCGUCAGCGGGAACUGGAACAUCGAGGGGCACUUAUGUUCCGCAGUCCACGACAUUAGAUCCGUAUCCAUAUCCACGGCCUCGAAUAUCUCCACGGACCUUAUCAUCCUUACCAUCCCUCUCUUCGCUUUAUGCACCAUGGGCCAGGAGCGCCGGGAGAUAACCAAAACGCGAAUAGGAAAAGCGGAAAUAAGCGGGAUAGUAUUUGUGCUAUGCAUGGCAGCGUUAAGCAUCGUAGCGGCUUUGGCGCGAUGGAUAACAUUAAUGUUAGUCCGGAACGCGCCCAAAGCCGACAUCACGCACACCAUUGACGUAUGGGCGUUGGUGGAAAUAGUGGCCAGUCUGGUGGCUGUCUGUCUGCCGAGCUUGCGGUCAUUCCUUAGGAAACGAAGACGACGGCGCUUCCAACAAUUAAAAUAAGUACUUGAUUUAUACAGUUAAAUAUACUAAGCUCGAC